AUGUCAGAGAUUCGCAGGAAGCUCGUUAUUGUCGGCGACGGUGCUUGCGGAAAGACCUGUCUUUUGAUCGUCUUCUCCAAGGGAACUUUCCCUGAGGUGUAUGUUCCCACCGUGUUCGAGAACUACGUCGCCGACGUCGAGGUCGACGGCAAGCACGUCGAGCUGGCCCUUUGGGAUACCGCCGGCCAGGAGGACUACGAUCGUCUGCGCCCGCUCUCGUAUCCCGACUCGCACGUCAUCCUUAUUUGCUUCGCUAUCGACUCGCCCGACUCUUUGGACAACGUUCAGGAGAAGUGGAUCUCCGAAGUGAUGCACUUCUGCGCCGGCCUCCCCAUCAUCCUCGUCGGCUGCAAGAAGGACCUUAGGCGCGACCCGAGAGUGAUUGAGGAGCUCCGCCGGACCUCGCAGCGGCCCGUAUCGCCUGAGGAGGGUGCACAAGUCGCGCAGCGCAUCGGCGCGAAGCAGUACCUCGAGUGCUCGGCCAAGACCGGCGAGGGCGUUCGCGAGGUCUUCCAGUACGCCACCCGCGCAGCCCUCAUCGCCCGCCCAGGCGGCCGCAAGAAGCACGGUGGCUGCCUCGUGCUCUAA